CUAAAGAAGAUGAUGGAACAUCUCCCGCCCUAUACUUCCACUUCUUUCUUUACUUCCCAAUACAUUAAUUCUGCUAAGCUCAGUAACUCGGCACAGAGCCAGAGAGAAUCUCGAUGACUAUAGAGCAUAUAGAGCCGAAACACAUGUGGCGCAAUGUACUCUCUCUCCUUCAAUCUGACCCUUUUUUUUGUCUGAACGCAAUCAUUUCAAGGAAGCCCUCCUCUAAUCGCGUUAUUUAUUAAAUCGAAGCACCACCACACCUUCUUCCUCAGGUCCCUGCUUUUCCUCUCUCUCGAUCUCAUGGAGAAGACGAAGAUGCUGAGACUUCCGCUCCUUAUGGGUUUUCUUCUUCUAGUGUCUGUGGCUGCACUAGAAGAGCAGCUGAAGAUGGAGAAGACAACCUACAUCGUCCACAUGGCCAAAUCCCAAAUGCCGGCGACGUUCGACGAGCACGCACACUGGUACGCUUCGUCUCUGGAAUCGGUGUCCGACUCGGCGGAGAUGCUCUAUACAUAUGACAACGUCAUCCAUGGCUUCUCCACUCGGCUCACGGACCAAGAGGCUAAAUCACUCGAGGGCUUACCUGGGAUCCUCGCGAUCUUGCCUCAAGUGAGAUACGAACUUCACACUACUCGGACUCCCCUGUUUUUGGGGCUCGACAGGAACGAUGGGUUCAUUCCUCAAUCUGACUCAACCGGAGAAAUGAUAGUCGGAGUUCUUGACACUGGUGCGUGGCCUGAAAGCCAGAGCUUCGAUGACAAGGGACUUGGGGCCGUGCCCAGUAAUUGGAAAGGCCAGUGUGAGGUAGGUAAGAACUUUAACUUUUCCAGCUGUAACCGGAAAUUGAUCGGCGCGAGAUUUUUUUCCAAAGGUUACGAAGCUACCCUGGGUCCCAUUGAUGAAACUAAAGAAUCCAAAUCGCCGAGAGAUGACGAUGGACACGGAACCCACACAUCGACUACGGCGGCCGGAUCAGUCGUGGAAGGCGCGAGCCUCUUCGGUUACGCUGCUGGUGCUGCACGCGGCAUGGCGGCGCGUGCUAGGGUUGCUACUUACAAGGUUUGCUGGCUAGGUGGUUGCUUCAGUGCCGACAUUCUAGCUGGCAUGGAUAAAGCCAUCGAAGAUGGCGUUAACGUGAUCUCCAUGUCUCUGGGCGGUGGGAUGACCGAUUACUACAGAGACAGUCUCGCCAUCGGAGCUUUUUCGGCAAUGGAGCGAGGCAUUUUGGUGUCUUGCUCCGCCGGAAAUGCUGGUCCCUCUUCGUUCAGCUUGUCCAAUGUCGCACCAUGGAUAACCACUGUUGGUGCUGGGACCUUGGAUCGUGACUUCCCGGCGUACGUUACUCUCGGCAACGGAAAGAAUUUCUCCGGUGUGUCUCUCUACAGUGGGAAACCCUUGUCUGAUUCUUUACUACCGCUUAUCUAUGCCGGCAACGCGAGCAACUUUUCGAACGGGAAUCUUUGCAUGAAGGGUACAUUGAUACCGUCAAAAGUCGCCGGAAAGAUCGUGUUGUGCGAUCGGGGGGUCAAUGCUAGGGUUCAGAAAGGAACCGUUGUCAAAGAAGCCGGUGGGGUAGGGAUGAUUCUGGCGAACACUGAGGCUAAUGGGGAAGAAUUGGUGGCCGACGCACAUCUAUUGCCGGCGUCCGCCGUAGGUCAGAGUGACGGGGACAUCAUAAAGCGCUAUCUAUCCUCGGAUGCCAAUCCGACAGCCACGAUCACUUUCGCAGGCACGAAGGUAGGGAUUCAACCUUCACCGGUGGUGGCGGCUUUCAGCUCCCGUGGGCCAAACUCGAUCACGCCGGAUAUACUGAAGCCGGACGUAAUCGCGCCAGGAGUAAACAUUUUAGCUGGUUGGACCGGUGCCGCGGGACCCACAGGAUUGGCUGUCGACACGAGACGCGUAGGAUUCAACAUCAUAUCAGGUACGUCGAUGUCAUGCCCACACGUGAGCGGUCUUGCUGCGAUGAUCAAAGCGGUGCACCCUGAUUGGAGUCCCGCAGCCGUCCGAUCAGCUCUAAUGACAACCGCCUACAACACCUACAAGACUGGCGCAAUGAUACAAGACAUCGCAACCGGAAAAGCAUCUACACCGUUCGAUCACGGAUCCGGACACGUUGAUCCUGUCUCAGCCCUCGAUCCUGGUCUCGUCUACGACCUUGCGGUCGAGGAUUACAUAGGCUUCCUUUGCGCUUUAAACUAUAGCCAAGUCCAGUUCACACUCCUGGCGAGGAGGAACUUCACGUGUGAUCCAAGUAAGAAGUAUAGCGUCACUGAUCUUAAUUACCCAUCUUUCGCUGUCCCCUUUGAGACAGCAAUUGAAGGCGGUGGUGCCAGUGCGAGUGCGACGAGCGUCGUCAAGCAUACGCGGACGCUGACGAACGUGGGCAGCCCUGCAACAUACAAGGUGUCUGUGUCUUCAGAGACGAGGUCGGUUAAGAUAGCCGUUCAGCCUGAAUCUUUGACUUUCAGUUCCCCAAACGAGAAGAAGACAUACACGGUGACGUUCACUACGCCUUCGAUGCCUUCGGGGACGACCAGCUUCGCUCGUCUUGAAUGGUCGGACGGGAAGCACAUUGUGGGUAGCCCGAUUGCAUUUACUUGGACGUGAGAAAUGCUUAAUUUAAUUUACUAUUGCUUAAUUUGUUCUCCGCUUGAAGUGUUCAUCGGCGAGCAGGGAAUGCCGUUUUAGUGUUUGUUUUUUGUCCUCUAAAUGGAAACACGGAAAACCAAGAAAGAGAAAUAUGGAAUAGUUUCUUACUCA